CUCGCUUUACCUGAAUUCACACUUGAAAACUGCAGUGAGUGAGGCGGCAAUCCACCAGCAGAAUCGAGAUUCUCUCUCUUCUCUCUUUCAUCUCCGCCGGAUUCAUUCAGCUUUCCUUGUGGACUUGUCUCUCACUAAGAUGGCGGCAAGCGAAGAAGAACAAGCCCCACCAAAAUUGGAGGAGUCGGCCGUGGUGGCAUUGAACGACGACGACGACGACGAACAUGAUUCCAAGGAGAGGGUUCUCCAGAGGUACUUCCUCCACGAAUGGAAGCUCGUGAAAUCUCUCCUCGACGACAUCGUUUCCAGCGGCCGCGUCUCAGAUCUCUCCUCCGUUCACAAGAUCCGAACCAUCGUGGACAAGUAUCAGGAACAGGGUCAACUGUUAGAGCCUUACCUGGAGAGCAUAGUUUCUCCUCUAAUGUUAAUUCUGCGCUCUCGGACAAUUGAACUAGGAACAGACUCGAACGAGGUUAUUGAAGUAAUCAAGCCCAUAUGCAUUAUAAUAUAUUCUCUGGUGACAGUGUGUGGUUACAAAGCUGUUACCAAGUUCUUCCCACAUCAGGUUUCUGAUUUCGAACUAGCAGUAGCUCUAUUGGAGAAGUGUCAUGUUGCAAAUUCAGUAACAUCACUGCGGCAAGAAAGUACAGGAGAGAUGGAGGCAAAAUGUGUGAUGCUUCUGUGGCUCUCCAUUCUUGUCUUGAUUCCUUUUGAUAUCUCAUCUGUGGAUAGUAGUAUCGUUUAUGCAAAUAAUAUUGAGGCAGAUGAGCCACCCCCCUUGGUACUGAGGAUAUUAGAGUUUUCUAAAGAUUACCUUUCAAAUGCGGGUCCCAUGCGCACCAUGGCUGGGUUGCUGCUCUCAAGGCUUCUAACACGCCCAGACAUGUUGAAGGCUUUUAUCAGCUUCACUAGUUGGACACACAAAGUUCUGUCGUCUGUCACAGAUGAUGUCAUGGACCACUUUCGGUUACUUGGUGCUGUGGAUGCAUUGGCUGCCAUCUUCAAGGCUGGUAGUAGGAAACUCUUACUUGAUGUUGUUUCUGUUAUUUGGAAUGACACAUCAGCAAUGAUGAGGUCUUCUACUGCUGCUCGAAGUCCUCUACUCCGCAAGUAUCUGAUUAAGUUGAGUCAGCGGAUUGGGCUUAUUUGCCUUCCUCAUCGUUCACCAUCCUGGUGUUAUGUGGGUAGGCAUGGCAUGCUCGGGAAGAAAAUUUCAGAAAACUUACCGCAAAGAAUUGAUAAUCCGGGUUAUCAUGUUGCCAAUUUGAACGCCAAUUCAGACCCAAAUGCUGGCUUCCCACAAGAGGAAGAUAUGGAAGUUCCUGAAAUUGUUGAGGAAAUAAUUGAGUUGUUGCUGUCAGGGCUGAGAGAUACGGACACUGUUGUGCGCUGGUCUGCUGCAAAAGGUAUUGGUCGCGUAACUUCUCGUUUGACAUAUACCCUAUCAGAUGAAGUCCUGUCAUCCAUAUUGGAGCUGUUUUCACCUGGCGAGGGAGAUGGUUCAUGGCAUGGAGGUUGCAUGGCAUUGGCUGAGCUGGCACGUAGAGGAUUGCUAUUGCCAAUCAGUUUUGCCAAAGUUGUACCUGUUGUUGUGAAGGCCCUGCAUUAUGAUAUUCGAAGAGGUCCCCACAGUGUUGGAUCACAUGUACGUGAUGCUGCUGCAUAUGUUUGUUGGGCAUUUGGUCGUGCUUAUUACCACAGGGAUAUGGAAAGCGUACUGGAACAGCUUGCUCCUCACCUUUUAACUGUGGCCUGCUAUGACCGUGAGGUAAAUUGUAGAAGGGCUGCUGCAGCUGCUUUUCAGGAGAAUGUUGGUAGGCAAGGGAAUUACCCACAUGGCAUUGACAUAGUGAAUACAGCUGAUUAUUUCUCACUAUCCUCACGUUCAAACUCCUAUCUUUAUGUUGCUGUCUGCAUUGCUCAGUAUGAGGGAUAUCUUGGCCCCUUUGUUGAUGAAUUGCUGAAUAACAAGAUCUGUCACUGGGACAAAGGCUUGAGAGAACUUGCUGCAAAUGCCCUUGCUGCUCUUGUAAAGUAUGAUCCUGAAUAUUUUGCGAAUUUUGUUCUCGAGAAAUUAAUUCCUUGCACUCUCUCAUCUGAUCUGUGCAUGCGUCAUGGUGCAACUUUAGCGGCAGGGGAACUUGUUUUUGCUUUAUAUAAGUGUGAUUAUGCUAUUUCAACAGAUAAGCAGAGAUAUGUUGCUGGCAUAGUUCCUGCUAUAGAGAAAGCACGUCUGUAUCGUGGGAAGGGUGGGGAGAUAAUGCGUUCUGCUGUUUCUCGCUUAAUUGAAUGCAUCUCUACAGCUCAUGUACACUUGCCAGAAAAACUUAAGAGAAGUUUGCUCGAUACCAUCAAUGAGAACUUAAGACAUCCUAAUUCUCAUAUACAGAAUGCUGCUGUUGAGGCCCUGAAACACUUUGUUCCGGCUAACCUUCUCAAUGCAGAGGAUAAAAUUGUUAACGAUUUUGUGUCCAAGUACCUAGAACAGUUGAGGGAUUCUAAUGUGGCUGCAAGAAGAGGGUCUGCAUUGGCAAUCGGUGUACUACCUUUAAAGUUUCUGGCUACAAGAUGGAAUGUUGUACUACCGAAGCUUUGUAGUGCUUGUGCUAUUGAGGAUAACCCUGAAGAAAGGGACGCUGAAGCACGUGUAAGUGCAGUCAAAGGUCUCAUCUCAGUGUGUGAAACGAUAACAAGCUCAGUGGAGUGUUCCGAGGUGGAGGGUAUUUCCCUGUUCUAUUUCAUCAAGAGUGAAGUGAUGCAGUGUUUCUUUAGAGCUCUGGAUGAUUACUCCGUGGAUAACAGAGGUGAUGUGGGUUCUUGGGUCCGUGAGGCUGCUAUGGAUGGCCUUCAGAGAUGUGCAUUUAUCCUUUGCAAAAAAGACUCCAUUGGCAACUCAAGUGGAUUAAAUAAAGCUGAAUCUGCCUCAGAGCAGUUUGAAAGUGAUAUGAUCAAAGAUGACAAAAUGUAUACACUUUUUGAUGAAAAGCUUGCCAGGAGUAUAGUUGGAGGAAUUAUUAAGCAAGCUGUGGAGAAGAUGGAUAAAAUAAGGGAAAUGGCUGCAAAGGUUCUCCAAAGGAUUUUGUAUGACAAAGCAUUAUAUGUGCCCUUCAUACCUUACAGGGAAAAGCUAGAAGAAAUCAUUCCUGACAAGGCAGACUCAGAGUGGGGGGUGCCCACUUUCUCGUAUCCUCGUUUCGUUAAGUUACUUCAGCUUAGUUGUUACAGUAAAUAUGUGCUAUCUGGAUUAGUUAUUUCUGUUGGUGGGUUGCAAGAUUCUUUGAGGAAGGCAUCACUUACUGCUUUGUUGGAGUAUCUUCAAGCCUCGGACUCUCAAAAACAGACUGAGAAAAUCUCCAGAGAGGUCAUGUUAUCUACCGACAUUCUUUGGGUUCUCCAACAGUACAAAAGAUGUGACCGAGUCAUUAUACCUGCUUUAAAGACUAUCGAGAUUCUUUUCAGCAAAAAGGUAUUCUUGGAUAUGGAGGCCCAAACUCCGCUCUUCUGUGCUGGUGUUUUGGAUUCACUCACCAUUGAGUUGAAGGCAUCAAAGGACUUCUCUAAGCUAUAUGCAGGCAUUUCUAUACUUGGAUAUAUGGCAUCACUUCCAGAUUCCAUCAAUGUCCAGGCUCUCUCACAUCUUUUCACUUUCCUUGGCCAACGGUACCCUAAGAUUCGGAAGGCUUCUGCGGAACAGGUCUACCUUGUUCUCCUACAAAAUGGAAGUCUCAUGGCAGAGGACAAAGUGGAGAAAGCACUUGAAAUUAUUUCUGAAACAUGCUGGGAAGGUGAUGCUGAAGAAGCAAAGCGGCGAAGGUCACAUUUAUAUGCGGUAGCUGGUCUAGAAACUGCUCAAUCUCUGAAACCUAGCUAUCAAGUAUCAAGGGAAGAUGGAAAGAGGUCUUCAUCCGGCGAUGAAAAUGCAACAUACUCUUCAUUAGUAGGAUCUGCUGGGUUCUGAUUCUAACAGUGUAAAUUAGAAGCUCCUUUUUACCCCUGAAUUUGUAUCAUGAUUAUUCCCAUGAGCUUGCCACAGGAAUACGUUCAAUCUCCUCCGAAGAAAUAGAAAACAACUUCGUGGUGAAAACUAAUUUGAUUGCUGAGAAGGAAAAGACUUUUUUUGACGAACAAGAACAUCCCAUUUAUAUUAAAACUCUUGGAAAAGACUUGAAA